CGUGGUUAAGCUCCCCGGGGGUGGAUUCCAUCGCUCUCGCUUUAGUUCCUUUUGCAAAAGCUCAGAGUCACAAUAAGGAAACUAACCCCAAAGAUGAGCCUCGCAUGCAAAAUCUUCGCCGGCUUCCUUCUGAUUUUCAACCUUUCUGCCCAGGAGACAAACGUCCUUCAGGUCCUGGGCAUCCUGAACCGAAGCAUCACCCUGGACAUUCCCAAUCAACAGCUCAGCGAUGUAGAUGAUAUCACGUGGUUCAAAAACAAUCACAGGGUUGCACGAAUCAAAGGAGGCAUCGUCAAAGGAGACACUAUCGGUGACCAGUCAAAAGGAUACGAAGCGUCAGUCAAUGGAAGCCUGACAAUUAAACAUCUGCAGAGAAGUGAUAAUACUAGCUUCAGGAUAGUCAUAUAUAACAAGGCUGGAAUCCAAAUAUUUACCAGAACAUUCAAUUUGAGUAUUCUAGAGGUGGUCUCAAAACCUGAGAUCUCCUGGAACUGUACCACCACAACCCUGACCUGUAAGGUAACCAAUGGAACUGACCCUAAAUUAAAACUGUAUCGAGGUCAGACAUAUAUCAAAGGCGGCCAGAAGGUCAUCGAAUACAAGUGGACCACCAAACAAAAAACAUCAUUCAAGUGCACAGCAAACAACACGGUCAGUGAGGAAACCAGCGAGGCGGACCUCACGUGUCCAGGGAAGGGUCUGGACAUCUACCUCAUCAUUGGCAUUUGUGGCGGAGGCGUUCUCUUCCUGCUCUUUGUGGCGCUGCUCAUCCUCUAUGCCAGCAACAGGAGAAGAACGCACAGAAGGAGAAAUGAUGGGGAACUGGAAGCCACAGCACACAGGAUGACCUCUGAGGGAAGGAGCCAGAAGCCCCAUCAAAUUCCCACUUCAGCGCCUCAAAAUCCAGCUGCUUACCAACCUCCUCCACCACCUAGUCACCGUCCCAAGGCACAUGGCCACCGUGCCCCGCCCCCUGGCCAGCGCGUCCAGCACCCUGCCCAGAACCAGCAGCAGAAGAGGCCUCUUCCUCCCCCGGGCACGCAGGCUCGCCAGCAGAAAGGCCCUCCUCUCCCCAGGCCUCGCGUCCAACCGAAACCGCCCCGUGGGGCCUCAGAAAACUCAUAACUGUCUCCUGGCAGCACCAUUCCCUUCCUCUGAUGAAAAGAGAU